AUGGUUGCUGAGGGAGUAUGCUCUCUAGGUAAAACCUUGCCUAGUAAGAAACCAGUAGAUGUUUCUCAUGAGACUGCUGAGAAUGUUAUUAAUAUGGAGGAAGCGAGUUCAGAAGAAGAAGUUGACACCUUGGUUCAUCAUGUAAAACCAAGUGUUGCUAGGAAAUUGAAGACUAUAAAAGGGAAGACUGUGGUUGAAAUGAUGACAACAAGAAAAUGUAAAAAGGUUGUUGGUGUAGGACCCUCCAAAUCUUGGAGUAAUGUAGAGACUAUUAAAAAGUCUCCAGCCAAGGUUGCAGCUGUGCACUUAGACAACAUCUCUUUCCAUCUGGAAGAUGGUGCUGCCAAGUGGAAGUUUGUCAUUCAAACGAGAGUUGUUGUUGAAAGGGAGCUAGGAAAGGAGGCUGUAGAAGUGAAGGAAGUGAUGGAAUUGAUCAAGAAUGAAUAUAUAUCACCAAAUUCUGAUUUAUAUGCGACAUUGAGCCUCGUAUCGGUGGCUGGAGUUGUGGUCAUGGUUAUUGCAUUCUCUCUGGGAUUAGGAGCAAUGCCAUGGAUUAUAAUGUCUGAGAUUCUUCCGAUUAACAUCAAAGGCCUAGCUGGAAGUUUUGCAACACUUGCCAAUUGGUUCUUUUCUUGGUUGGUUACAUUAACAACAAAUUUGCUCUUGGAUUGGAGUUCGGGAGGAACCUUCACAAUAUAUACUGCAGUGUGUGUUUUCACAGCAGGAUUUGUUACCAUUUGGGUCCCCGAGACAAAGGGAAAAACUCUUGAAGAAAUACAACAGUUUUUUAGAUGA